AUGCCGGACAGUGUUGAAAUGACGGCCACCAAAGGUGGUGGCAAUAUUUCCACCACUUUUGAUGGAGAUGGGUUUACCAAAGGGUCUGUGGCCCAGAAGUAUAUCGGCACCAUGGCCGAUCAGAGAGAUAUGCAAGCUUUGGGAAAGGAACAAGUCUUGAGGAGAAACUUUCGCUUCAUCUCGAUCGUUGCCUUCGGCUGUACUCUGAUUGCUUCAUGGGAGGUUGUGCUGACUAUGAUGAGCUCGCCUUUGGUCGAUGGUGGUACUGCUGGUUUUAUUUGGGGAUUUGUGGUGGUUACGGUUGGCGUGCUGCUGCUAUUUGCCAGUCUGGCGGAAAUGGCUUCCAUGGCACCAACCGCGGGUGGCCAGUACCAUUGGGUCUCCGAAUUUGCUCCUAAGAGCUGUCAGAAGUUUUUGAGCUAUAUCACCGCCCGAUCGCAUAUAGGCUGGCUGUGCGCUACAGGCUGGGAAUGCGCCAUUGUGUCGAUUGCUUUCCUGGCAGGCACCAUCAUCCAAGGACUCGCUAUUCUGAACUACCCCGAUUACGUCUUUAAGCAAUGGCAUGGCACCCUCAUCACCAUUGCGAUCACCCUCUUUUCGGUUCUCUUCAACACCUUCCUGGCCAAGAAGCUCCCUCUUGUGGAAGCCUUCAUCUUAAUUCUGCACGUCGCGGGUUUCUUCAUUGUAAUCAUCCCACUCUGGGUGCUGGCACCCAUCAGUGACGCCAAGACCGUUUUCACGCAGUUCACCAACGGUGGCGAUUGGAAUAGCAAUGGCACUGCCACGAUGGUCGGUCUGAUCACAGCACUGACAGCCAUGAUCGGCUACGACUGUACUGUCCACAUGUCCGAAGAAGUCCGGGACGCUUCCACGACCAUUCCCAAGGCUAUUAUGGCGGCCUGCUCGUUGAACGGAAUCCUGGCCUUUAUUGUCAUGGUCACUCUGUGCUUUACCCUGGGCAACGUGGAUGAGGUCCUCGCAUCGGACACCGGCUAUCCUUUCAUCCAGGUCUUCUUCAACGCGACUAAAAGCUACGCGGCCACUAAUGCAAUGACCGCCGUUGUGACCAUGUCUCUUAUUUCCAGUGUGAUUACUGAAGUCGCCACUGCUUCCCGUCAGCUCUGGUCAUUUGCCCGUGAUGGGGGCGUCCCACUCGCUAGCUAUUUCGGUCAUGUCAACCCGAACUGGAACAUUCCCCUCAACGCUGUCAUUGUGUCCCUCGUCCUCACGAUCCUUUUGUCCCUCAUCAAUAUCGGCUCCACCGUCGCCCUUGAUGCCCUGAUCACUCUCACCGUCGGAGCGUUGUUGAACUCGUACAUCGUCACCGUCUCCUGUAUUGCGCUGAAGCGCAUCCGCGGGGAGCCUCUUCCUCCGCAUCGGUGGUCGUUGGGUCGCUGGGGACUCUGGGUCAACCUCGGGGCCCUCGCCUUCCUCAUCCCGGAAUUCAUCUUCGUCAUGUUUCCGCUUUACUCGACUGUGGAUCCCACGACGAUGAACUGGAGCUCGCUCAUGUAUGGUGGCAUGUUGAUUUUCUCCAUCAUCUAUUAUCUGUUGUAUGGGCGGAAGACGUAUGUGCCGCCCGUGGCUCUGGUCCAGCGUGAACUAUGAUUCGGUCGCUCGUCUAUCCUCUCGUGCUUGGCCACGCCACCUCUUUCCAUUUCGGCGACUCUGGCUCCUGGACAGGACCUGCCGCUGAUUGUCUCCACUGCGCCAGCCUAUGUUUAGUUGGCUUCACCGGUGCCCCUGCUUCGCCGGAUCAACGGAGUGGGAAACUAUGUUAAUUAACCAUUCAUAUUUCGAGAUGACGGUCGGGAUCAUGAUCCUUCCGUGGCCUGCCUACAGCCACAGCAAUACAGCGUUAAUAUUGAGACUUCACCGUAUAAUUUGGUCCUUUCUCCACUGAUAAGACUACGAAACUCAAAUCAACCGAAUUUGAUUGCGUCUGGAACCAAAUUUAUAU